AUGGCCCAAGAACGUAUUCCUAAUACUACUAGCAAUGGCAGCGGCACUAAUAAUUCGACCACUCCAACUUAUUUAGCACCUCCAACGACCCAUCACACUCAUCAUCAACAACAAAUUGUUUAUCCUGCCACUAAUCAAGUUACUCUUCACCAUUCUGAAAAUAAUUCGAAUGUUUCAACCAGAUCUCCUUCACCGGUCCCUCCUCCAUCACAUUCAAUUAAUUAUCAAAAUUCUAACAUUAAAGCUAACAAUAUGAUCACGAAUGCAAAUACAAAUAAUGAUAAUGCUACACAAAGACCCAGAGCAAUAGUUCCUGCGCCAACUUCUUCUAACCCGACUGCAUCUAAUAAUGCAAAUAAUCAAACCGCUACUAAUGUUCCAAUCACUAAUGUUACUACUUUACCAUCAUCCCAAGAACAACAAUUGACACAACAACAGUCUAUAAAUUCAAACGAACAAACUUCUGUCUUCGUUCCAUACGUAGUUAGAGGCGCUCAACCAACUCCAAUUACUCCACGUACUAAUAUUCCAUUCUUGGAGAGUUCAACUCAUAACAAACCUAAAAAACGUCAAUCGAGCCGUUCACCACCACCGGUUAUAAAAAAUCCAAUAAAAAAAUCUAAAAAAAAUCGUGACAACGAUAAUAUCAAAAUCGAAGUUGAACCAAACAAUAAUAACAAUAUUAAAUUGGAGGUCGAUGUUAAAAUGGAAGAAGAUGUAAUUAAUAAUAAUGGAAGAACCAUGGUUGAUUCGUCGUCUAUCUCCGAAUCUACAUUUAAUGAUAUCAUAGUUGAUAGUAAAGAAAUAGCUACAAACACAGAUAUGAUUGAACAACUGAUCUCUAAUAGAGUAAGAAAAUUGUCAAUUCAAGAAUAUGACGAGGACAAUGAUAAAAAAGAUAGUAGUACCAGCAGUGUCGAUAAUAAAAAAUUGUCAAGUAUAAAAGUUGAAGGUAAACAAAAAGACAAGGUCAAAGAAACUACUGCUACUAAAAAAAGAGAUAAGAAAGACAAUAGUAAAUCAUCGUUUUCACCUACAGAACCUUCACCUACAAAAUCUUCACCCUUGAAAUCAUCAUCUGACAGCAAAAAGAUUUCUUCUACUAGUGAAAAGAAAAAUGGUAAGAUCACCACCAUCACUUCUGCAAAAGUCAACAAUAAUAAAAUAACAAAUAUCAUUAAUGGCAAUAAAAAUAAAGCCACUAAUACUCCUGAUUCAGAUACUGAUCUUGCAAUGGAUGACGAGUCUGAAGAAGAGGAAAUAGAACAAGUAUUAGUAGUAGAUAAAAAAAUGAAACAAUCGCAACAAUCACGCAAUAAUAAACAACCUUUACAUGUUAUCAGGAAUCUAGCCACUGGUGAAAGUGGUCGUGGUGGAUGGAAUAGUGAUGACAUGGAGACGGAGAAUGAAGAGGAGAUAGAAAUUGUAACUAACACUACUAAUACAACCACCACAACGAUUUCUACAACUUAUAAUGCCAACAACAGCAAUAAUAACAACGGAUUAUCAAAACUUAGAACAACUUCGACUAUUAGUAAUAAUAGCAAAGACGACGACAAUUUUUUAAUAAAAUCAGAAGAGAGUCCUUCAUCACUAACAAAUAACAAUAACGGUUGUGUUGCCACAUCUUCAAGAAAAUCUUCGUCGUCUAGUAGUCGUAAAGGAUCUACUUCGUCUACUGAAAGUAACAAGGAUACAGCAUCAUCAACAACAACAAUUGCUUCCAUAACUAAUACCGUAUCAUCCGCAUCAUCUUCUGGUAAUAGAAAUACGUCUAUAUCAUCUUUGUCAUCGACGGUGACAACGAACGGAAGGGCAAGACCAUCUCCUACAAGAAGAAAAUCCACAAUACGGGAGAAUGAUGAACGGUUAGAAUUGGCUGCGAUAGAAUGGGAGAAAAAUAUAGAGAUUCCACAUCACAUCUGGGAAGAAACAUUGAGAAUUUUUGAAAUUGUCAAACACUCGAAAGAAAUGAAAAAUCGUCAACCACACCGUAAACGAAAUCAUAUUCUAGCCUCAAUUUUGUUCAUUUUAUGCCGUAGAAAUGGUUUACCUCGUACGUUCGUGGAAAUCUGUCAAGCGGCAUCUAUACGCAAACAAGAGAUUGGCACAUAUUAUCGUCUGAUGCAAAAGGUUUUUGAAAGUAAUGGUUUAGGUGGUGGAAACCAUGGUGUUCCUAGAACUGUUGAUUCAUCUGAAUAUCUUAAACGGUGGUGUCAAAAUUUGAAAUUGCCCGAUCACAUUCUUAAUGCAGCAAUUCAUGUAUACCGUCAAGCGAGUGAACUAAAUAUUACAACUGGCAAGUGCCCUGUCUCUGUUGGUGCAGCAUCCAUAUGGCUUUCAAUAAGUUCGUGGAAUGAAUCUAGAACAAUAUGGAAUACAACUGACGAUCAAGAAGUUAUCAAGUGUGAACACAAAGACGUGGCAUCAGCAGCCGGUGUCGUGAAUGCAACACUGGUGGGAUGUUUCAAAAACUUGUCGAAAUUCAAAGAACAAUUGUUACCUUCCGGGUUUAUUGAAGAAGCUAAAAAGAGAUCGCCAUUCCCAAACAGGAUGUCUGUAUGGUUACCACCUAAUAAUAGUCCUAAUAAAAACCAUGCUGUCAUAAAUAAUAACGGUUCCAAUAGCUCUGCUGAUGGCGGUAUUAAUAACGGUAACGCUAAUGGUGUCAAUAAUUAUAAUGUAAAUAAUAACAACACAGUAGUCACUUACACGACAUCACCGACAAGGAUUCAUAACAAUGAUGAUGACUUGCCUAUGAACGUCGUCGAAUCACAAGACGAUGAACUUGAGGAUGGUGAAUUGAGGGAAUCCGAGGAAAAAUGUGCUUACACGACAACAACAGAUACAAGCGACAAUACUGUUGUUCCUCUUAGUAACACAUUAGUUAACAAGGAAAAGAAUAAAGAAAUGGAAGGUGAAGAAGAUGAAGAUACUAAUGCUUUCGGUCCAAGUGCCCUGACAAUAUUUUCAUCUCGUAGUUGUAUAUUUGGCAACUCAUUGGCAUGGAUGUCUACCAAUAAUGUGGAUUUAUUGGCCUGGUGGAAAAGUAAUUUCGGAGCUGUGGCACCUGAAUUGACAAAAAUUGUGGUAAGAGUUCUUUCUAUUCUUACCUCAUCAGAUGUUACAAAUGUAGGUGAAGAUAUUGAUGAUAGUGAUGAUGACGAUAAUAAUGAUGGUGAUGAUAAUGAUGGCAAUGUUGAUAGUGCUGAUAAUAGUGAUAUUGACAGUGAUGAUGAAAAUGAAUCAUCUGUAAACAUUUAA